CAGACCCCGAGCCGAGGGCCGGGGUAUAAAGAGACGGCGUCUCCGAGCUCACAUUGCGCUGGAUGGGAACCCGUUUGAUUAUUUAUUUGAAUAAAAGGAAAUGGGUCUUGGGAAUGGAGUUUCAACGAAUCCAGAAAACGGUCAAGGAGAAAGAACAAUUCCGCUGAAUACCCCUUUGGUUGGGAACAAAAACAACAACAACAAGAAAACGAUUAAAGGACAGUUUCAAUCCGGCCAACAAAACGAAAAAAUUAUCAAAUUUAAAUCCAGCCCAAACAGUGAAAAAUUAAUCCAGAUUCGCUUCCACCAUCACGGCGAUAGACAAGGUCAAGCGAAGCCCAACCAACUCAAUGAAAGGGCAACUAAAUGCAAACCUAACCAACAUUCUGAUCGACCGGUCCAAUCUCAAUCCAGCCAACGGUGUGAAGGUCUAGGCCAACCGCAAAGCGACCAUCAGGGUGAAGAAAUGGUCCUAACUCAGCCCAACCAACAUGGAGAGAAGCCAUUCCAAUCAAAGUCUAACCAACACCGCGGACGACCGAUCCAAUGUCAAUCCAACGAGCGGAGCGAAAAACUAAUUCACUCUAAGACAGUCAACCAUGAUGAAGAACCGACUAAUUAUCUGCCCGGCCAACACCCCGAUAAACAAACCCAACACCCGGCAAUAAAACCUACAGGAACCCAACCUCCAAAGAGGCUCGAUACUAACGUGACUUUAAAGAUGGAGGAGUUGGAUCCUCGUAACGGUUCAAAUCUAAAUAUUAAAAAUAAACCGACCGAGAUUCCAUCUUCGUCCGUAAGACCCCUCCACGGCCGCGACCAGGAAGGCAGUGCAUUCAAAAGCCAGUCUGAAAGUACGGCAUCCAAUGUGACCGCCGGGAGUAAGAAGGAGGUGUUUCAGUUCUGGGCAGCGAAGAAUAAAAGCAAUGUUAACUUUGAGGCCAAAAAAUUAAGAACCAACUCAAGCUCAGAUCAUGCAACAUCGUCGAACAUGAUGGCCGACUCCAAGGAUACGCCGGGAAACCAUGGUGGAGUUGUUUAUGUUGAUAAUGACCCCGCUAAACCGGGGAAAGGGAUGAAGAGGAAGGAGCUGUUUUCCCUCUACACUUUUACGCACGUCGACCACCACGUCCUUACGAUGAGUGAGACGAUGACGUCCGAUUAUUCAAUGCAGGAAAUUGUAAGUAAAAUCACAGAGAAGUCCCGGAAUGACCUGGAAAAGAUCCGUGCCAUCUGGAUUUGGCUCUGCCAUAACAUCAGUUACGAUGUCGGCGGGUUCCUCGGACAAUCGCCAAAGAUAUUCCAACCGGAAGACGUUCUGAAGAGCCGGAAAGCCGUGUGUUCCGGUUACGCCAGCCUGCUCAAAGACAUGUGCGGGCUGAUUGGAAUUAAAUGCAGAGAGGUAUCGGGGUACAGCCGAGGCACAGAACACAGCGAGGGUCUCAGUUUCCACAGGACUAAGUCCAACCACAUGUGGAACGCGUUGGAAUUCGAUGGCCGGUGGCACCUCCUGGACGCCUGCUGGGGAGCCGGAACCGUCGAUUUUCAGAAAAGGAUAUUUAUACCGAGUUACGAGGAUUUCUACUUCCUCACCGAUCCCGAGGAUUUUAUCGAAACGCAUUGGCCUGAUGACCCCGCUUGGCAGCUCCUUGAAUACAAAGUGUCGUUUGAAACAUUUGAGCAAAAAAUCUUCAAAACCUCGGAGUUCUUCAAACUCGGCCUCUUCGUCAUUUCACCAAAAGUGUUCUACCUCAAGACAGAUCGCGGAGAGGUCAACAUUAUGCUUGGCUGUCCCCAGCCAACAGAAUUUAGCUAUAAGAUCUAUAAGACUUCAAAUAAUGACCGCAGCCCGGUAGAGAAGACGUACGGGAUGCUGACUAUGCAUGAAUCGUCAAUGACCCUCAAAGUGAUGCCACCAACAGAUGGUCUGUUUGAGCUCAUGAUAUUCGCCAGACCCAUGGAUGGUAAUGACAUCUACAGAUGGGUUUGUUCGUACCAGAUCGAUUGCCCGGACCCACAGGGUUCAGACUGGCUGCCAAAAAACCCUUUUCACUUUUGGGGUGUGCACCAGAAAGCGAAAUAUUUUGGAGUUAGCAGCUGCAGCCAUGGAGGGGACCUCAUCGUUGCAGAAAACGGUGCUUUGAGCCUGGUGUUUGAGACUUCCAGGCCGUUGUUGGCGAUGUACGAACUCGCGCAUAACAAGCUGGCGGAACCUCUCAGCAAGAAGUGUCUGGUUUCUCACAUCGAAGAAACGCGGCUGGGUUGCCGACUUCUCCUCCCUUACCACGGCUUCUACAGGCUUUCGCUGUUUGUCAAAGACCCGGACGGGGAACAUUUCCAAAACGCUGCUAAUUUACUCAUUCAAUGCACCCACCCUAUAAACCACAAUGAACUUUUCCCGCCUAAUCUCAGCAUUCACUGCGGGCCGGGACUUAAUUCAAAACUGAAAGGUCUCACGGAUCCCAGCCACCUUUCACCCGUGAUAACGACGACCAAUGGGAAAUGCAAUAUCACCUUUCACGCUCUACCAACUACGGAGGUGUUCGCCGUCCUGGAAAAGACCAAACGGAAGACUUCUUCAUACUCCCUGGACAGGUAUUGCCUAAUAACCCACUUGGGGCAUAAAAUCAGCAUCAGCGUUCUACUUCCAGAGGCGGGAUACUACAGAUUGAGUAUUUUUGGCCGGAAUCAAGAAAGCCAAGAAUUCUCCCAUGUUUGUGAUUAUGUCAUUCGUUGCUUGUCUGAUCAUCACUGGCUUCCUUUCCCAAAGGUGUUCGGCGCCUGGAGACACGGCUGUAUAUUACUGCAUCCAAGAGUCGGGCUGCUUCCGGAAGAAAGUUGGGAGACUUUUAGGGUUAAAGUCCCCGGGGCCUGCAAGGUCGUCGCAAUUGGUCCGAUAAAGACCGAACUGCUACUUACUAAGAACAAAGUCUGGGAAGGCAGGGUUUUCACUGGCUCUGCCGGGUCUCUCAUCAAACUAGCUGUAAAAUUUACUCAGAAUUCAACCACAAUGGAUAUAGUGAUGUCAUUUAAAUCGCAAACAACCAACAACCCGACUAUCACAGAUGGAUCCUCUGGUUGACAAAAAUAUUGGUUAAAGCAUAAACCCCAAAACACUGACAAAAAUUGGUUUUAUCUGAUUUUGGCUCCCAAAAAAACCUCCCUUUUCCUGCAGACUUGGAGGUCGCCAUUGCUGUCAGUCAUGUGAUGUUUUGGAUGACUUUCCCGGAUCAAACACCGCACUGAGCUGACACUUUAAGGCAAUGCUAAUGAAGUCGGUUCCUCCAGAGAGUUCCACUAGUCACAGCGUCUGGCUGUGUGAUUAAGACUGAGACAUACUGUUUCCCACAGGCUGUAUGAAAAGGAUCCAGGGUGUUUCUCUAGACUGGGCUCAGAUAACAGAGUGAAAACUCAUACUCAUUGGCUUAUGAUGGCGUAAGAAUACUUUGCAUUUCGUAAGGUAACCGUUUAAUCAGUCCCAAAAGGUUUAAAAAGGUCUAAAACAAUUGAGCUGUAGGCAGCUGGAAAGUAUGAAUUAUAGGAAACCCGACCCUGUUCUCCAUCGAUACAAAGACCUGGAAGACCUUGUAAUAUUCCAAGAAGCAGGACCCUUCCACCCCUGGCUAUGGUGAUGAGACCAGUUUUCCAACUUUUCACCAGAAUGAGCAUUUAUACAUAAAUCCAAUGUUCCAAAAGUAAUAUUCAAACUGUAAAUAUAGAACUGCAUCUGAAUAAAUAUAUGGGAAGUAACAAUGUA